UUCUUGUAUCAUCAUCUAUACAUUUUUCCAGUAGUAGUUACGUGGGAAAGAUGGCUCGUGAUUUUACGGAGGUUGCUGUAACCUUAUUGGCCACCUUGACCGUCUUGGUCUCGGGACACCGACUCAUGAGCACCGGUACUGCUACUGGUGUCACAGACGCCUGGGACAAUGCUCGUGCCACUUUUUACGGUGAUAUAGAGGGUGGAGGAACUAUGAAAGGAGAUUGUGGGUACGGUAAUCUCUUCGAGCAAGGCUACGGUUUAGAGACGACGGCUCUAAGUGCAGCUUUGUUCAAUAAUGGAGCUACGUGCGGUGCAUGCUUCGAGAUUAAGUGCGUAGACAAUCCACAAGCGUGCAUUGAAGGAGCCAAACCUAUACGUGUCACAGCCACCAAUUUCUGCCCAGCAAACUACACCAAAACAGUAGGUGUUUGGUGCAAUCCGCCGCAGAAACAUUUCGACCUCUCGUUACAAAUGUUUCUCAAGAUCGCUAAGUACAAAGCCGGAGUUGUUCCGGUGAAAUAUAGGCGAGUUUUAUGCCCGCAUAAACAAGGUGGUGUCAAGUUUCAGUUAUCAGGAAAUCCUUAUUUCUUGAUGGUUCUUGUUUACAACGUUGGACAUGUUGGUGAUGUGUCUGAGGUUAGGGUGAAAGGUUCCAAGAGUGGUUGGUUUCAGAUGCAUCGGAAUUGGGGACAGGUGUGGGAUACAGGCUUGAAGUUAACCGGAGAGAGUUUGUCUUUUAAGGUCACUACAAGUGAUGGGAAAUUUUUGAACUUUGAGAACGUUGCUCCACCUAAUUGGCAGUUUAGUCAAACUUACGACGGCAAGCUUAACUUUUGAUUGGGAACUCUUCUAAUAUGGAGUCUUUUUUUUUCCUUCUUAAAUGUAUCUUUAAAAUUUAAGUAUAUAAUAAGCCAUUUA